AUGGCCCAGUCCCAGCCGUCGCCGCUUUCCAGCAGCAUCAUUGCGCAGCUCGAAAAGUACUCGGCGUGUGAUAUCUCGGACGCCCUGCUCAAGCUCAAAGUCCCCGGCGCGGGCUACGUUGCCGACCUGGUAGCAUACAGCCCGCAGCAAGCGAGCCAAGCCACUCAGUCACGGGUCACCGUCGCUCCUGUAUUCACAGUCUUGUUUGCUCCAAAGGGGCAGCCGGCCGGCCUUAGCGAGGGCGGUGGCAGCCUCCCGCCGCAAAACAUCCCCAAGGAUGUCCAUUGGGCUGAUUUGGCCGAACCUGGCACCUUUGCCGUGCUCAAACAACCGCCGGGUCAAACAAACGCCGUCUGCGGCGGCAUCAUGGCUCUCAGGAUGAAAGUCCGCCAGGUAACGGGUAUCAUCGUUGCCGGAAGAGUGAGAGACCUGGGCGAGUUGAGAAGCACCAAUCUGCCUAUCUGGGGCUACGGCACCUCCACCGUAGGAUCUGGCGGCAGCAGCAUGCCCUGGGCGACCCAGGUGACGGUCCAGGUCAACGGGGUCGACAUUAACCCAGGCGACGUUGCUUUCAGCGACCCGGGCAACGGAGUUGUAAUUAUUCCCCGAGAUAAGAUCGACCAGGUUCUAGAGCUUUUACCUGGUCUCGUUGCUGCAGAUGACAAGGUAAAGGAAGACGUUCUGAAGGGCAUGUCGGUCUAUGAAGCGUUCAAACUACAUCGAAUAUUCAGGAGUUUCACCCCUCCCCCCUCUUCUACUCUUACCUGCGCGCAUCGUGUUUUGGAAGAACUUGGUUACGAAAAGAUUCUCUAUAUCUCAUGA